AUGAAGAAAAACAGAAGAUUUUCCAGUUUUAUUAAUAUGCAACACAUAUUUCUAUUUGAAGUCAGCAUUGGGAUCAUUGCCAACACUUUCUUGCUUCUCUUUCAUAUCCUCACCUUCCUCCUGGAGCACAGACUCAAGUCCACUGAUCUGGUCAUUGGUCACUUGGCUUUUAUCCACAUACUGAUGCUGCUAACUGUGGGAUUCAUCGCUAUGGAUAUAUUUGGGUUUCAUGAUUUAGGGAAUGGUAUCACAUGCAAAUACAUUCUCUAUUAUUACAGAGUGAUGAGAGGUCUCUCCAUCUCCACCACCUGCCUGCUGAGUGUCAUCCAGGCCAUCACCCUUAGCCCAAGAAGCUCCUGUUUGGCAAAGUUCAAACAGAAAUCCCUGCAUCAGAACCUGUGUUGCUUCCUCUUUCUGUGGUUAUUCAAUAUGCUCAUCUGUGGUCGUUUCUUAAUCUCCACUGUUGCUACUCCCAAUGCGACCUUGCACAGUCUCAUGUUUGUCACUCAGUCCUGCUCUCUUUUGCCCAUUAGAUCCUUCCUUAAGUACAUAUCUUUGUCACUGAUGAUCUUCAAGCAUAUGUCGUUUAUAGGGCUCAUGGCACUCUCAAGUGGGUACAUGCUAAUUCUGUUGUGCAGGCAUAAAAGAAAAUCCAAGCAUCUUCACAGCCUUUAUCAACCUCCAAAAUCAUCUCCUGAACAAAGGGCCACCUGGACUAUUUUGUUGCUCAUGAGUUUCUUUAUUGUCAUGUAUAUCUUAGACAGUGUUAUUGAAUACACCUCAGCAAUGCUGUGGAACCAUGGCCCAAUUCUCCAUGGCAUCCAGAUGCUGCUUGGCAAUGGCUAUGCUACAUUCAGUCCCUUUGUGCUCAUCAGUACAGAAAGGCGAUUGAUCAAGUGGUUCAUAUUUAUGUGGGGUAAACAUAGGAAUUUUCUAUUGUUUCGUGAUGGGUAA